AUGAAUCAUGGCACAGCUUCUGCUGAUGUGGCUUCCCCAAGAGGUGGAGUUUCUGGUAUACAUGGUCUUGGGAUGGGCCAAACUUAUGGAGUUCACGCAUUGUUUCAGCAUUUGCCUCCUCGCUUUGGUAGUUUGCUGUCUCCUUUGAACCCUCAUGUCAAGGGAGAACUUUAUGCAUCAAAUGCCUUACACGAGGCUACACAGAAAAGGUUUGCCAUAUUCGAUCAGUCUGGGAAUAACACAAGAUUGUUUUUGAGUCCACUCUGUUAUCCGGUCAAGAAUCUGACUCCUGGACUGUCAAAAUCUCUGAAUGCUCAUGGUUUUCAUGAUGAAGGGCAGACAGCUAAAGUGGAGCUAAAGUUUCAACCUUCCCAGCUAUCCAAGAGAAGUCUGAUGAGAUUAAAAAAUAAUGGCGAGGGAAGUGAGAUGCAUGAAAACACAGAGGAAAUCAAUGCUUUGCUUUACUCUGAUGAUGAUGAUGGUGGGGAUGAUGAUGAUGAUGAUGAUGGUGGUGGUGGUGAUAGUGAGGAAGAUGAAGUAACAAGCACGGAUGGUGCAGUGAAAAGGCAAAGAUUGAUUGAUGGUGAGCACAAUAGAUCAUCAUUUACAAGCAUGGUGAAUUCAGGGCAAUUAGACGGCUUAUGCAAUUAUGAUGGUGAUGCACAAUCAAUUUCUGCAAGAUGCAAGAAAGAUAAGAUUCGCAAGACACUGAAAGUUCUUGAAAGCCUCAUUCCUGGUAUAAAGAGCAAAGACCCAUUAUUGGUUAUUGAAGAAGCUAUUAGUUACUUGAAGUAUCUGAAGCUGAAUGCUAAAGCUUUAGGAGUUGUCUAG